CUCUGUCUCUCUAGCACAACUCUCUGUCUCUCUCUUUGCUCUGUUUCUCAUAGCGCAGCUGUCUCUCUCUAGCUUCGUUAUGUCCCUUUCUCCCCUAUUCGAUCUCUUGCUCUCUGUUUGGAAUCGCGAACCCCUCCCUUUAGCUAUGUCUUCUGAAUAGCUGCUUGCAACCUUGAAGCUCUACUGGAUUGCCGACCUCGAAAAGAAAUGGAGACAAUUGUUAUUCUCGUGUGCUACAAUGGAAAAUGGGUCACCUCGAAGAAGAUGUGCAAAUACGAAGGGGGUGACUCAAAAGGCUUAAUAGUUCCACGGACCAUCAAUUUUGCUGAACUGUUGGACCGUGUGCAUCAGAUUGGUAAUACAAACAGCAGGGAAGACAAGGUUUGCUUAAAAUUCUCAGUUUUGGUGGCCUCGAAUGAGUGGAAGUGCAUAAAGAUUGAGGACGAUGAUGAUGUCAAUUUUUUUAUGAAGUACAAUUCCGAGGUAACACCUUCAAAACUAGCUCCCUUACUCAUGAGUAUAGAAGAUAAAGGACUGACAAAUGAUGUAGUUCAUAGUAUGCAUAUCACGACAGAUAGUAGUCGGAUGGGUCAUUCUUCAGUUGCCAUUGUUGAAAGCAAUGAAGUAACUUGGAAUAAUACAAAUGUCACUGAUUUGGGAGGUGAAGUAGGGACAGAUUUUAUGGAUAUGAUUGAUUUUAGCGAGGUGGAGGAGAUGCAUGGUGGUGAUAAUGGUACUGAAAGAAAUGAAGUGUAAGUGUACUCUGCCCCUCCUAAUUUGGGGUGCUUGAACACAGCUGCCCAGUUGCCAAAAAUACGUUUAGGAGGAGAAUCUGAACCCACUCGUCAACAUUAUUUUUGCCCAGUUGCCAAAAAUACAUAGAGAUACAAUUUUAUUGUUGUUAAUGUCAUGUUGUACUGCUGUAACUUACAGCCAAGGAGUUAAUGGUGUAGUUUUGAAUCCCAUCAAUUUAAUGCACCAACACAAAACCCAAUUUACCUCAUAUAAGUUCGUACAUAUAACUGAACCUUCCUAUAUAGAACUGCAACAGAGGCACCUUCUUAACGGGAAAGGUAAUUAGUCUUACUGAAAGGCAAAUAUUCUCCACUCAACCUAACCAUAUAGUCGUUUACAACUGGAGACUGAAUGUACCUCUAUUUGUUUGGUUGCAGGCAACAGCUGUGAAUUGUCCCCAGUAAUACUUCAACAUGUCAGAUGUACGCCCUCCUAACGAGCAUGUGAGUUACCCGGGGGACCAGCCCUGGCAUGUGCCAUUCCCAUCUCCACCUCGGACUCCCAAUCAUGAUCCCACUUCAUCUGGAAGUGAGGCUGACACUCAUGAUCCGCUUGA